AUGGAAGCGAUUGCACGAGGAAAGAAGGACCCGACUGGAAGCUUUCCAAAAGUCGUCACGUGCCCCCAUGAGACCGUUGCGCUAUCAAUGGCUGACGGCUUUGCUCGACUUACCGGUAAACCUCAGUGCGUGAUUGUGCACGUAGAUGUCGGUACCCAAUGCCUCGGUGCUGCUGUACACAAUGCUUCCGUUGCACGAGUCCCAGUACUGAUAUUCGCGGGUCUCUCACCCUUCACACUCGAAGGCGAAAUGCGCGGCUCCCGCACAGAAUACAUCCACUGGCUCCAAGACGCCCCAGACCAAAAACAAAUAGUCCAACAAUUCUGCCGCUAUACUGGCGAAAUCAAGACGGGCACAAACGUAAAGCAAAUGGUGAACCGCGCCCUCCAAUUUGCAACCUCUGAUCCAAAAGGCCCCGUAUACCUCACCGCCGGCCGUGAAGUCCUCGAGCAAGAAAUUACGCCUUACAAGCUCGACCAAACCGUCUGGGGCCCUGUAUCCCCUCAACCCCUUGCCCAAGACGGCGUAGCAACCAUCUCCGAUCUCCUAGUAACAGCGAAAGAGCCCCUCGUCAUAACCGGAUACUCAGGCCGCAACCACGCCUCAUGCGGCGCCCUCGUCGCCCUCGCAGACACGGUCCCUGGUCUUCGCGUCAUCGACGCCCUGGGCAGCGAUGUCUGCUUCCCGUAUUCGCACCCUGCGUCCCUGGGCCUGCAAAUCGGCGGGCACGAGAGUAUACGCACCGCAGACGUGAUCCUCGUCGUAGACUGCGACGUCCCCUGGAUCCCCACGCAAUGCUCUCCGCGGCCCGACGCAGUCAUUAUGCAUAUCGACGUAGAUACGCUGAAGAGGAAUAUGCUACUUCAUUACAUCCCUGCCAAGUACCGGUACUGCGCCGAUGCGGAACUCAGUUUCAGACAGAUCCAGCAGUAUAUUUCUAGCCAUGCGACGUACCCCGCCGUAUUGGCCAAGGAACCGUAUCUUUCUCGUCGCGAGAAGAUGGUAGCAGAGCAUCGAGCCCGUCUAGAUAACCUUGCAGUUAUUGCUGCGCCGCCUGCGGAUAGAAGUCUGCCGGCGCAUACCCCGUACCUGGCAUCGCAGCUGCGCAACUUGUGUCCGGAGAAUACCAUUUGGUGCCCCGAGGCGGUGACGAAUGCGUUGCCGACGUGCAACCAGCUGCAGGUCGAUACUCCGGGUUGCUUGAUCAACGGCGGAGGAGGUGGGUUGGGGUGGUCAGGAGGAGGCAGUAUUGGAGUGAAGCUCGCGUCUGAUUAUUUGGCGGGCGGGACGGGCAAGGGCGGAUUUGUUUGCCAGAUUGUGGGCGAUGGAACGUGGAUGUUCGGGGUGCCGAGUACGGUCUACUGGAUUGCGAGGAAGUAUUCGAUUCCGACGUUGACAAUUGUUUUGAGCAACAAAGGUUGGAAUGCUCCACGCAACUCACUUCUCCUCGUACACCCUGAUGGCGUUGGCUCAGAGGUUGAUAACGAGGGAAUUGGAAUUUCGUUUGCGCCUACACCAGAUUAUUCUGGUAUUGCAAAAGCGGCGGCUGGGCAUAAUGCUUGGGCUGGAUGUGCGAGCAGUGUCAAGGAGUUGGACGAGUUGCUGCCCCAAGCGAUUGAGUCGGUGAAGAACGGGGUUCUUGCUGUCCUGGAAGUGCGGUUGAAGGGAUCUUGGGAGAAGGCGAGUCUUUAG